UGGAAAAUUAGGUAAAUCCUUGCAUAAAGCUCUGUGGGACUCAUCCAGACCGAGCAACAGGUCACUCGAUGCAUAACCUUACAGUGGAUUGAUUCUUUCAGGUGUCACAUUCGGCCUCUCUUCACCGUCUCGUUCGAGUGGGGAUCUUCCCCCUCGUCUGCUUCUAUCAGGACCCCUAUCCCUCCCUGUUCAACGCAUCUCAAGAGCUCCCUCCACUGAGUCAGUCCUCACUCUAUCCUGCUCGUCGCCUGCUCAUCAUGACUACCCGGUACCGUGUUGAAUAUGCUCUCAAGUCUCAUCGUCGAGACCAAUUGAUUGAAUGGAUCAAAGGCCUGCUGGCCGUACCAUUCGUCUUACACUCCCAGCCUACCGCAGUUUAUCAGGAGCACAGUGAGAAGCUUGCUGCAGUCGCUCUGGACACCCAUCAACGGUAUGCAGAAAUUCUCCGAGAUGUGGAGGGUCUUCUGAAUGACCAUAUCGCCCAUGAGGAAAGAAACACCCCGGGCAAAUCUAAAUUAAAGCUACUCGUACCCACCGUAGGCACCUUCUUCACGCCUCUCUACCUCGAAGAUGCCUUCAACUACCAGGAUAAACAACGCUUCAUCAGUCGCCGCCGUUUCGUAGCUCCCUCAUUCAACGACAUCCGCCUAAUUCUCAACUCGGCUCAACUUCUCGGCCUCACCCGCACCCAGGGGAUCGACCUUGUCACCUUCGAUGGAGAUGUCACUCUCUAUGACGAUGGCGCUUGUCUGACAGAUGACAAUCCCGUCAUCGCCCGGAUUAUGCGUCUGCUCUCUCAAGACCGCAAGAUCGGGAUUGUCACUGCGGCAGGCUACACCGAGGCAGCCAAGUACUAUGAGCGUCUGAAGGGAUUGCUCGACACAAUGCACAACUCGCCAGAUCUCACGGAUACCCAGCGCGCAGGACUCGUCGUCAUGGGCGGCGAGAGCAACUUUCUCUUCCGCUUUGAUUCGUCCUCGGAAUCCAAACUAACUUACGUCCCGCGCUCCGAGUGGAUGCUCCCUGAGAUGGCCGCCUGGCAUGACGAUGAUAUCACCCAAUUACUAGAUAUUGCUGAGUCCUCGUUGCGUGCUUGUGCGGCGAACCUUAAUCUCCCUGUUUCGGUUCUGCGAAAGGAUCGCGCUGUGGGCGUUUACCCACAGAGCAGGGGACAGCUUCACCGUGAGCAAUUAGAGGAAACGGUUCUCGUAGUCCAAAACACAGUGGAACGAUCAGCGGUUGGGUCCCGGCUCCCGUUCUGUGCUUUUAACGGCGGAAACGACGUCUUCGUCGAUAUUGGUGAUAAAUCUUGGGGUGUGCGCGCUUGUCAGCAAUAUUUUGGUGGAAUCAAGCGAGCAAGAACUCUCCACGUUGGCGAUCAGUUCUUAUCUGCUGGAGCCAACGAUUUCAAGGCUCGACUCGCAUCGACGACGGCUUGGAUUGCAAGCCCUGCUGAAACAGUGCAGCUGUUGGAUGAAUUGGAGAGCUUCGAGAAGGAGCUCUUGUAGAUUUGUUGUCUUCUUUUGGUUAGUGGACUUAUAUCUUGGAUACCUCGGGAAUAAUUCCAGGAAUGA